AUGUCGGUUCGCGUCGUCGCCAGGCUGCGGCCUCUGCUGGCCCAGGAGCUGGAGAAGGACAUCAUUGUCCGCACCGACAGCGUCGAGCCCGACAAGCCGCCAACCAUUGUCAAGAUCCCGAACCCGCGCAACGAGGCCGAAGAGUUUUCAUUCACCUUCAAUGGCGUCUACGGCUCAGAGACGACGCAAGAGACGCUCUUUACUGCUGAAGCAGUGGCACCGCAUAUCAAGUCACUGUUUCAGGGCCUCGACGUUACCAUCUUCGCCUAUGGAGUCACGGGCACGGGAAAGACGCACACGAUGCGAGGAGGCAUGAAGCUGGCCGAACGAGGUGUCAUCCCGCGACUGCUGAGCGGCAUCUUCCGCCGAGGAAAGAAGAUCAUGAAGGAGACGGACGGAGAAACGACGGUGGACGUGGCGCUGUCCUACUAUGAGAUCUACAACGACAAGGUGUACGACCUGAUGGAACCUCCCGAGAAGCGGACGCCUACGGGGCUGCCCCUCCGAGCAGAGGCCAACGGAAAGACGGUUGUUGUAGGCUUGACCGAGCGGGCUUGCGAGGACCUCAAGGACUUUGAGAAGCUGUACAUCGAGGCCAACAAUAACCGCGUAACGGCGGCCACCAAGCUCAACGCUCACAGCAGUCGGAGCCACGCCAUCUUGCGGGUGAAGCUAACCCAGACAACCGGCAACAUGGUUCGCGAAAGCACGGCAUCCGCCAUCGAUCUCGCCGGCUCAGAGGACAAUCGCCGGACAGACAACGGCAAGGAACGCAUGGUGGAGUCGGCGGCUAUCAACAAGAGCCUGUUUGUGCUCAGCCAGUGCAUCGACGCCAUCUCCCAAGGUGCUAAAAGGAUACCGUACCGAGAGUCCAAGAUGACUCGAAUCCUAUCGCUGGGCCAGAACAACGGCAUCACGGUGAUGAUUCUCAACUUGUCACCGCUUCGCAACUACCACCUCGACACCCUCAGCAGUUUGAACGUCAGCUCUCGAGCCAAGCGCAUUGAAGUUCGCGAAAUUGAGAAUGAGGUUGUGUUCAAGCAGGUUCCUAGGACGAACUCGGCUCAAGCUGCACAGCGGCAGCCGUUGAAGCCUCUGGCCAAUGCCGUGAACACUCAGAUUGCCGCCAGCGGAAACGCUGCGGCAAAGGCAGCCGACGCAGCCAAGCCCGUCAAGGCGUUCAGCGUGUACACUGACGGAGCCAAGGCGUCUGCCAUUGCGCGCCCUUCCAUAGGCGCCGGCCAGCCUCGCUCAUCCUCCCAGACCCGGCGCUCUUCGCUGAAGCGAUCAUCCGACCAUCACGAGACUGCUUCUCGGCCCAGCAAGCUCGCUCGGCCAAUCCUUCAACAACAGGCUUCAGCGCCGCAAAUUGAAGCCCUGGUGGAGAAGAAAGUCAGCGAGAUACUAGCUGCAAGAGAGGCAGCCGAGGAAUCGAUUCGGCGGACCCAAUCUUCACCCGAAGCCAGUGAUGCAGUCCAGAGACGGCUAGAAGCGCUGGAGCGACGGAUCGAAAACGAAGAAUGGAGGGAGGACGCCAAGGCCGAGGGCUUGCGGCAUCUGCUGGCAGCAAGGCAUCACAAGGAGCGGGGGGAUCUCUUUGCCGCUCUCAAAGCCUAUGAGAUGGCCCUGCCAUAUUUCCCGAACCAGCCAAAGCUGCUGGGCAAGAUUGAACGCCUCAAAGCACGCUUGGAAGCAUCAGGGGGCACAUCCCCCGAGAGGAAAGAGAGAAAGAGGGAGCGUAAGCCGAGGCGCAAGACUGUCAGCGAUGCAGGCCUCGAUGAUGCCGAGGCUGAUGGCGAGGAAGAAUGCGAGGCUCCUACGCCCAAGAUCAAGGCGACCAAGCUCAAGGCUAGGAGAGCGCCCCAGACGAUUCUUGCGGAGGACGACGAUGACGACAACACACCGCGUACGCAGAAACUCCUCGACGUGGUCAACUCGCGUGAUGCGACCCAGAUCCGGGGCCUCGUAGGAUUCGGCGUGAAGAAGGCACAAGACCUGGUUAAUUAUCUGGAGCAUGCGAACAGCGAGGGCGGUGGCGAGAUUGAGAAGCUCUCCCAGCUGCGGACGAUUCCCGGCAUGGGUGGGCGAAUCGUGGACCGAGCAUACGAGGGACUGGUAGCGGAGGCAUAG